UCCAUGAACACAGUGGUGCUCUCAUGUGUUUCUAUGUUUUGUGUAUUAUAGUUUUUUAUCUGCGCUCUGAUUUUUCCACCUUCCCCUGUUUGGUUUGGACGAUGCUCCCUGGUUUUCGGACUUUUCCUGCAUCAUCUCAAUAAAAACACAGACAAACCCAGAUGAUGGAUGUAUAGUGAUGAAAAAUGUUAAAAUGCCGACAGAAUCUAGAAGUGAAAGGCGAGUGGAAAAGCAAACCGGCCGAGCUUCAGGAUCAUCAACAAGAUGCGACUCUGGGUUUGAGCUGAACCUUGAGAGACGUUGACCUUCCCGGUGCCAAAGGGCCCGGCCGGCUCUUUGAUGGAUCCUUCUGGGCAUUUUACACACAAAGUCGCAAAGUCUGACGGCGCUGUGCUGAGCCUGUGUGGAAGUAAGCUGCGAAGCUUUGAAGGCUGCGCUUCAGACGACUUACCUGAGCGACCAGUGGAGGCAAAGACAGAGAGAAGGAGGCAGACGCUCAGUUUGGGAUGAAAGAAGAACACAGGCGGGUCUUUUUUGCGUCAGAAAGUUCCUCGGCCCAGUUAAAACUCUCUGCCGCUCACGAGACAGCAGCUUGUUUGCAGAAGCUCGAGUUGAAGCUGCAGAGCGACUGUGCUGCUUCUCUGUGGCUCGUCCGGCUCUGACCUGUGAGAGGAGCCGCUGAUGAAGAGUCUUGCAGGGACACCCUCCCUCCUCCUCCUCCUCCUCCUCCACAGGCCCCAGAUGGCUGCUGUUUGCCUUCAGCUGCUGCUCGCUGCCCCCCUGUGGUCGCUGCCCCAUGUGGGAGCUGCUGCUGCUGCUGCGUGGUCGAGCUCCACAGAGCUGCUCGACGCCACCAGAGCUGCAGCUGAGGCCCAGUCUGACUCCAGGAUGCUCGCUGCAGCUCCUGGCGCUGCCUCUCGCAGCAGGCGUAAGAGAGCCAUCUCCUCCAGAGAGAUCAAGGCCCUGCUGGAUUACCACAACCGGGUCCGCUCUCAGGUCUCCCCCCCUGCUGCUAAUAUGGAGUACAUGCUGUGGGAUGACGGCCUGGCCCAGUCGGCCGACUCCUGGGCCUCGCUCUGCAUCUGGGACCACGGCCCAACACAAACCAUGAAAUACACGGGCCAGAACCUGUCCAUCACCUCAGGAAGGUUCCAGUCGAUCACUGACCUCGUCAGGUCCUGGUACAACGAGAGGCAUCAGUUCUCUUACCCCAGCAGAUGCACUGGAUCCGUGUGCUCGCACUAUACUCAGAUGGUGUGGGCGAGCACCAGCAGGCUGGGAUGUGCCGUCAGGAAAUGCUCCAACGUGAACGUGUUCGGAAGCAGCUGGAGGGAGGCGACGCUGCUGGUCUGCAACUACUCUAUAAAAGGAAACUGGGUGGGAGAAGCUCCCUAUAAGACCGGCAGGCCUUGCUCCGUCUGUCCGUCCAGCUACGGCGGCUCCUGCUGGAGGAAUCAGUGCUCGCCAAACGCCAAGACCAGGAGACGGUCCAGAUAUUAACACAACGCAGCGUUUUAAAUGUGUUUUUAAUGGAAGAGGAAAAGGUGAUUUAUCACGAUUUGUCCAUCUUGAAAUAAGAAACGCUUGCAGAAAACAAUGCAGCUGUCAAGGUACCACUAUGUUCAGAAAGUCUUUAUCCAUGAAUGUCUCACACACACAGUUGAGUUGUAGAGCUGCAGUAUGAAUGUUAAUAUUUUUAAUAAAACACAAGAGUAAUAGUUUUCUGGUAUUUGGAGAAAAUGUCUUGUUUUGCACUGUUUUUAAAUGAAUUAGUCGUUGGAGGAACUUUUUAGAGGCAUUGACCAGAUUGAAGCACUUUUACUGUACAGAUGAAACCGACUGUAACCUGGGAUGUUACUGGUUCUGUCUCCAACAUGAUUA